GACAAAAACAACUCGUCAGCUGUUUCUAAUUGGUAGCAAAAUCAAUUUUGCCGGUAAAUUUGUAUACACACGUUAUCCUAGUCCCCAGCACUUAUUUAUUUCUAUAAAAUAUAAUAUUUGCAGAAAUAUGGAAUUUAGCCCUUCAAACAAAGCAGAUAAUAUGAUGCUUGAUGCCACAAAUUCUUUCAGCCUGAAUGAUAACAUAAACUGCAGCGAUGUAGAUAUGAACAUGACAGUGGACGAGGUGUCACCAGUAGUAAAAAAUACAAUAAUAUUUAAGGAAAAUACACGCGACUUAUCUGCUAAGUUCACUGAUAUCUCCUUAGAUGAAAGUGGUGUUGAUACAGUUGUAGGCGAAGAGAACAUUGUUGAAAGUGAAACAUUUAAUUGCACAACAGCAGAUAAUGAAAGUGCCGUAUUAGAUGCAGAUCUAAUUGCACCUGAAAUACACAAAGUCUUUCAAUGCGGGCUGUUUGAACUGGGACGACGUUUGUGGAGCUCUUCGGCAGAAAAACAACAUUACACCAAAGGUUGUUUAUGGUCACCAGAUGGUACAUGCAUACUGACGCCAGUGCAUUUAGAUGGCAUGCAUGUCAUUGAGUUACCGAACGAUUUGUAUACAGCAUUUGCAAAACGCACUGUGUCAGCUACGCGUGAGUUGAGUAAACUGGAAACUGCGGUGCAUGUUAAGGAAGGUGGUACGGUUUAUGAUUACGCUUGGUAUCCGUUUAUGAAUAGUCAAACGCCGGAAACGUGUUGCUGGCUGGCAUCCAGACAACAUGAGCCUAUACAUAUGUGGGACGCCUUUAAUGGUGAGCUACGCUGUACCUAUCGCGGCUACGAUAGUGUGGAUGAAGUUGAAUCGGCUAUUGCGGUAACAUUUUCAAACGAUGGCGAUAAAGUAUACGGUGGCUAUAAGAAAUCUAUCAAAAUAUUUGACACUAAUGUCCCUGGCCGUGAUUUGAGUUCGCUAGCGGUAAAACAAGCCAUCUCUUGUUUUGCUCUCACCACAGACAACGAUAGAACAGUUACUACUGGUUCUUGGAAUGGUUACAUAAAUCAUUUCGAUUUACGUGCACCCAAAUUGGGGCCACUAUUUACGCUGGGUGGUCACACUGGUGGCAUAACUUGGUUACGUUAUGCGGUUUUAGCAAACAGCGAAAGUUGGUCGCUAUUUAGUGGCGCACGUAAGGAUAAUAAAAUAUUAGAAUGGGAUAUGCGUAACUACACAAGUCCGGUAAGAGAGUUUACGCGUAAUGUGGCAACCAAUCAACGCAUCUACUUCGACUUUUGCGCACGCGAUCCGCGUUGGUUAAUUAGUGGUGACACGUCGGGAUUUCUGCGCAUUUGGGAUUUGGAGCACAAUGUUGAAGAAGCAUUACCUUUGCAUGGAGAUUGCUGUAAUGGUGUCAAUUUCCAUCCUUCAUUACCCAUAUUGGCUACUACUUCAGGACAACAUCACUUCGUGGACACGUCAGAUGAAGAAAUUACAGCAAAAGAGAAAAAAUCAAAUUUAAAUGCAGAAGAUAUAACUAUAGAUUAUGAAAAUGCAUUGAUGUUGUGGUGGAUUGGUAAGGAACCGGUGGAUGAUAAUGAAGAUGAUGUUGUUUAGAAAUAAGUUAACAGUUUUAAUGUAUGCUAUGUAUAUAUAAAUUAAAUUGUUCUACGUAAACACUAAUUUAUAAACAUUUAUUUAUAAAUAUUGUAGUUGUAAGUAUUUAAUUUUAGCAUAAGCGUGAAUUUAAAAUUAAUGAUUCCUGAAAUGUGUAUAUUUGAAAACAGAUGUAAGAAUUGUAAACAAUUGCUUUUUAGGUAAUAAAAAUGCUGAAUACUUUA